UUCACUAUACAACUGGCUUUUAUAGUAGCAACAAAUUAGUCAUUUUGUUAUAAGUUUUAGCUAAAGUUUGAUCAUUUUAGUAAUAAAAUGUUCCCAACUUUGUUUCUAUCAUUUGUGUUAAUUUCCAGUCCAGUACUAAGUGUACCACAGGAUUUUAUCCCACCGUCCAUGGAUAACCUAAAUAUACAUCGCACUUAUACAUACCUGAAAAAUUGGUUGAAUGUGCCCCCAAAUGGAAAUAUUACAAUCAAUCAGUUUCUUGCGUUUGUGGGACCCACUGAUGAUCAUAUUGAAUUAAUAAACGGGUAUUUCCAGAUUUACAAACUCGAUUGGUUGAAUAUAGACAAUAUCGAUUCCAUGCUAUUUACGUGCCUAAUAAGGUUCAUUUGCAUUGGAACUGGGUACGAUCCUGUACCAUUCGCUGAAAAAAAAAUGGCAAAAUUCAUGCGGGAAGAAAUAAGAAGAUCUCAAAGAGAAUUAUUAUAGUAUUUAUCACAGUUUCUAUUCGUAAAUACAUUUUAAUAUAAUCAAGCAGCUUAUUUGAAUUUAUUAUUUUAAUUCAUUUACACGCUAUGAUUUAGUUUUUUUUCGGGAAAAGUUGGACUAUAAUAUUAACUAUUUUACUGUUUGUAAAAAUAUCAAAAUUGUUCCGUUUUAUCAGAAUGUAAUAUUGUGCAUUCAAAGUAUAAUAUAUUGAUGUUUAAUUUGAAUUGGAGAAU